AGUUAUCUAGAAGACGCCUAAGAAGUUGGGAGUCAGCUGUUUCUUCUGUGCAGCCAUGAAGUCUGUGCACUCUGUUCCCCAGAACACGAGUUGUACCAUCAUGACUUUUUACCCAACCAUGGAAGAAUUUACAGAUUUCAACAAAUAUGUUGCUUACAUGGAGUCCCAAGGCACACACCAAGCUGGCCUCGCCAAGGUAAUUCCACCCAAGGAAUGGAAAGCCAGAAAGACUUACGAUGAUAUUGAAGACAUCUUAGUCACCACUCCCCUCCAGCAGGUGACAUCUGGGCAGGGAGGUGUGUUUACUCAAUACCAUAAAGAGAAGAAAGCCAUGACGGUCGCGAAGUAUCGCCAUUUGGCAAACAGUAAGAAAUAUCAGACUCCACCACACCGGAAUUUUGAAGAUUUGGAGCAACAAUACUGGAGGAGCCACCCCGGUAAUUCACCAAUUUAUGGUGCUGAUAUUAAUGGCUCCUUAUUUGAAGAAAACACUACACAAUGGAACCUAGGACACCUGGGAACCAUUCUGGACCUGUUGGAGCAGGAAUGUGGGGUUGUCAUCGAGGGCAUCAACACCCCCUACCUGUACUUUGGCAUGUGGAAGACCACGUUUGCUUGGCACACGGAGGACGUGGACCUUUACAGCAUCAACUACCUGCACUUCGGGGAGCCCAAAACAUGGUACGCAGUGCCCCCAGAACAUGGCCAGCGCCUGGAGUGCCUGGCCAGAGAGCUUUUCCCAGCCAUUUCCCAGGGCUGUGAGGCCUUCCUGCGCCACAAGGUGGCCCUCAUCUCCCCUACCGUUCUCAAAGAGAAUGAGAUUCCCUUCAAUUGCAUGACUCAGGAGGCUGGGGAGUUCAUGGUGACCUUUCCCUAUGGCUACCAUGCGGGCUUCAACCAUAGCUUCAACUGUGCAGAGGCCAUCAAUUUUGCCACUCCACGAUGGAUUGAUUAUGGCAAAGUGGCUUCACAAUGUAGCUGUGGGAAGGCGAGGGUGACCUUUUCCAUGGACGCCUUCAUGCGCAUCCUGCAACCCAAGAGCUACGAGCUCUGAAAACACAGGCAAGGGCCAUUGCGGAUAACAGAGCCCAGCGUUGCAGAAAGCCAAGAGCUGAGCAACUGGAGGGAUGACGUAGUACUUAGGAGAGCUGCUCUGGGCCUGAGGCUUCUCUCAAACCUCACGGCCAGGUGUCCCACAUGGCCUGUGUCCCCAGGGCACCGUUAAAACCCAAAAGGCCGUGGCACUGAUGCUGUGCCUGGAUCCACAUUCCAAAGCUCUGCAUAUCAUACCCAGACCCAGUCACUUACUCUGGGGACAUCAGCCUGGGUUCUUUUCCCUUCCACUGGAAAACAGGGUUCUUGUGGUCAUGGUCGUCAUCCUCGAGAAAUGGAGGCUGAGGAGACAACUGUCCAGUCUGCAGCCAAGAGGUGCCUUUCAGUGGGUACAGGGAGCAGAGCUCGAGGCCACAAGCCUCGGCUCCAGCUUGCUGAUGAAGAUUUGGUGUCAGACGUGCCUCUUUGAGUGGGGGCCUUCAGCAUCUUGUCAAGGCUUCCAGCUGUUGCUGUGUCCCUGAUCUUCAACUCCUGGGGCCCCCACUAGAUCCUAAUGAACCCAUGCACCCUGGCCCAUGCCUGCUAUCCCUCAACGGCACUUCUAGUAAUUUCCCUGAUGUUGUCUGCAUGACUCCUCCCAAUGUCAUUGUGCCUUUGAUUAAGUUGUCCAGGGACACUAAUGGGGACUGGAAAUCUCUGGUGAACAUGGCCAAGGUU